AUGAAAAGGAGGGAGCUUCUUGUUACUCUGUUUAAACUAUGUGAUAGUGGGAAAUCAGUAGUACAACUUCACUCCCAAGCUUUCAAAGCUGGCCUUGCCCAUGAUAGUUUCUUUGCCACGAAACUCAUUGCUUUAUAUGCAAAGCAUGCAUUACUUGGCGAUGCCCGUAAACUGUUCGGCGAAACGCCGCACAGAACUGUUUAUCUCUGGAACGCUACCCUCAGGAGCUACUGUAGAGAUAUGCAAUGGGAAGAGACCUUGUACCUCUUUCGGGACAUGAUAUCUAAUGGGAGAGAUCAUGAUGAGAAGCCUGAUAAUUUCACAGCAUCCAUUGCACUUAAGGCGUGUGCGGGGUUAAGGGCGCUAAAAUAUGGCAAAAUGGUUCAUGGGUUUAUAAAGAAACAUGACAAGGUUGGACAAGACAUGUACGUGGGUUCUGCUUUGGUCGAAUUCUACGCGAAAUGUGGAGUAAUGGAUGAUGCUUUACAAGUGUUCAAGGAAUUUCCUCAUCCCGAUAUUGUUCUAUGGACUUCAAUGGUUACUGGGUACGAGCAAAAUGGUAAUCCCGAAGAAGCACUAAGAUUUUUCUCGCAAAUGGUUAUGGUGGAAUGUUUAAACCCUGAAAGAGUGACUCUUGUCAGUGUUGUUUCUGCUUGUUCGCAGUUGCCAAAUUUAAAGCUUGGCAGUUGCAUACAUGGUUUUGGUAUUAGGAGGGGCUUUGAUAGUGAUAUAUCUUUGGUAAAUUCGCUUUUGAAUCUAUAUGCAAAAACAGGUUCCAUAAGAUAUGCUGCUAACUUGUUCAGAAAAAUGCCAAAACGAGAUGUGAUAUCAUGGAGCUCAAUGAUUGCUUGUUAUGCUCUUAAUGGUGCUGCUGUCGAAGCAUUAGAUCUUUUCAAUGAGAUGAUUAAUGGGACGAUUGAACCCAAUUCAGUAACUGUAAUUAAUGCAUUGCAAGCUUGUGCUUUUAGCUGCAACAUAGAAGAGGGUCGAAAGAUCCAUAAGUUUGCUGCUAGGAAAGGUUUUGAAUUGGAUGUCUCGGUCUCUACAGCUCUAAUUGAUAUGUAUAUGAAGUGCUUUGCCCCUGAUCAAGGGUUGGAUCUGUUUGAAAGAAUGCCCAAAAACGAUGCGGUUUCUUUUGCUGCAUUGUUAAGUGGGUACGCCCAUAAUGGAAUGGCAUGCCAAUCUAUGGGAGUCUUCCGUCAGAUGCUACUAGAAGGUAUUAUACCCGAUGCGGUUGCCAUGGUGAAGAUUCUUGCAGCUUGUGCACAGUUGGGGAUUCUUCGCCAUGCUCUGUGCCUUCAUGGUUAUGUGAAGAAAAUGGGCUUUAACAGCAACGCCUUUGUUGGAGCUUCACUCAUAGAGUUGUACUCAAAAUGUGGUAACCUAGAUAAUGCUAUUCAAAUAUUUCAAGGGAUUGUGAACAAAGAUGUGUUUAUCUGGAGUGCAAUGAUUGCAGCUUAUGCAACCCAUGGGCGUGGGGUUGAAGCUGUAGAUAUUUUUGAUCAAAUGGUGAAGAAUUCAGCCGUUAGGCCAAACAAGGUGACAUUUGUUUCUCUUUUAUCUGCUUGUAGCCAUUCAGGUUUGGUUGAACAAGGGAUGGAAAUAUUCAAUAUAAUGAUGCAUAAAUACCAAUUGAUGCCCAAUUCUGAGCAUUAUGGGAUAAUUGUUGAUCUUCUUGGUCGAGCUGGAGAGUUGGACAAGGCCAUGGAAAUCGUUAAUAAAAUGUCAUUUCCAGCCGAGCCAUAUGUUUGGGGAGCCUUGCUUGGUGCAUGUCGAAUACAUCACAAUAUCAAGCUGGGAGAGGUUGCAGCAAAGAAUCUUUUCAAGUUAGAUUAUACUCAUGCGGGGUAUUACAUAUUGUUAUCAAAUAUCUAUGCUGUGGAUGAGAAAUGGGAAAGUGUAGCAGAACUUAGAACACUUAUUAAGGAGAAGAAGCUGAAGAAGACGAUUGGGAAAAGUAUGGUUGAAGCAGGAAGUGUAAUUUAUAGCUUUGUUUCCGGAGAUAGAUUUCACCCAAACUUUGAGCAGAUUUAUGAAUUGCUGAGAAGGCUGGAGGUGAAGAUGAGAGAGGAAUCUUACAUUCAUCAUUUAGAACUUUUGCAACAUGACACGGUGCUAUUAUAGUUUGAAUGAGGACAUGAGCUUACUGCG